GCAUUGCUAGGGACGCCUCAUCUGGGGUCCUGAGAGCGUAGGGAAGUACGCCAGCUCUGCGCAUGCUCCUUCCUUUCCUGCUCAGGCCGCCGAGAGAGCCGCGAAGAUGUUGAUGCCCAAGAAAGAUCGCAUUGCUAUCUACGAGCUCCUUUUUAAGGAGGGAGUUAUGGUGGCCAAGAAAGACGUGCACAUGCCAAAGCAUCCAGAGCUGGCUGACAAGAACGUGCCCAACCUUCAUGUCAUGAAGGCAAUGCAGUCUUUGAAGUCUCGUGGCUAUGUGAAGGAGCAGUUUGCUUGGCGUCACUUUUACUGGUAUCUGACAAAUGAGGGCAUCCAGUAUUUGCGAGAUUUCCUGCAUCUGCCCCCAGAGAUUGUUCCUGCAACUCUUCGAAGGAGUCGUCCUGAGACAGGCAGACCACGACCUAAAGGUUUGGAGGGUGAGCGUCCUGCCCGCUUAUCCCGUGGAGAGACAGACAGAGAUACCUACAGACGCAGUGCUGCUCCACCUGGUGCAGACAAGAAAGCAGAGGCUGGUGCUGGAGCAGCAACAGAAUUUCAAUUCAGAGGAGGCUUUGGACGCGGUCGUGGACAGCAACCUCCCCAGUGAUGUGGGGUACCUUCCCUUUGUGAAUAAAACUUUUUGUUGCACCAUGGUA